UGCAGGGGCCGUGGCCACAGCCAGCCCCUCCCAGUCUCCACCUGGAUAGACUCUAGUAUUUCUCAUUUUCUAUCUGUCUGACCACACACGAGAGAGUAAUUCUGAUCAUCCGACUCACGGACUGGUCAUGGCUAAUUCUGUCGUCUUUCAAGUAAUUGUUCGAGUUGCGCUUUCUCUCAAUGGAGAUUCGUCCAUACGUAGAACCAAGUUUAAGGUUAACACCAUAGGUUUCAGUAAUAAAUCAAUGUCCGGUUUCCAACAUUUUGACUUGAAAACAUCAAAUGGAAAAUCCAGGAGACACUUUGUUGUUUGCAUGUCUGUGCAACAAGCUACCCAUUACAAAGUGCCUGUUGCACCUUUGUCCCUAGAAGAUGCCAAAGAACCUCCAUUGAAUCUGUACAAACCGAAGGAGCCAUACACAGCAACAAUUGUUUCUGUUGAGAGACUUGUAGGGCCAAAAGCUCCCGGGGAGACUUGCCAUGUUGUUAUUGAUCAUGGUGGCGAUCUUCCUUACUGGGAAGGACAAAGCUAUGGUGUUAUUCCUCCUG